CACGACAUGAGUCGAGUUUAUUGCAAACUACAAUGAUAUAUCGAGUGAUUUGCGUAUGUAUAAUUUACAUACGCAUGUCUAGUGCGUUUCAUACUAACGAGGACAGAAAACUAAACUUUAAUGGAUUGGGUUUUAAACAUGGAUAUAAUGUUGAAGAACAUAAUGUAGAAACUGAAGAUGGAUAUAUUUUAAAAUUGUUCCACAUCCAAGGUGAUACCAGAAGACCUGUACUCCUCGUUCACGGGAUUAUUGACAGUUCUGAUACGUUCAUCAUCAGAGGAAACGGUUCACUCGCUAUUAGUCUUGCUAAUAGAGGUUACGAUAUCUGGGCUAUAAACACUAGAGGUAACAGAUACUCAAAAGCACAUAAAUAUUUAAAUCCUAACGAAGAAUCUUUCUGGAACUUCAGUUUCCACGAAAUGGGCUAUUACGAUCUACCUGCAACAAUUGAUUACGUUUUAGAAAGAACAAAUCAGAAACAGUUGAGUGCAAUCGGACAUUCGCAAGGAAAUACUCUCUUUUAUGUGCUAGGAUCAACAAGACCGGAGUACAAUGAUAAGGUGAAUUUAUUGAUAGCUUUGGCACCAAUAUGUUUUUUACACAAUGUGAAGCCGCCAGUAUCAACUUUGCUAGAAUUAUUACCUACUGUUGGUAAUAUAUUACAAAUGCUUGGUAUGGAUGAAGUGUUUAGUGAUGAAUCGGUGUUAAACGAAGCUAUCAAAGUAAUCUGUAAUAAGAAAGAAGUUGGUUACGAAUUGUGUGCGCGCGGUGUGUUAUUCGCUAUUGGUGGUAAUGAUCCUUCCGAAUUUGAACCUGAGUUUCUGCCAGUCGUCGUGUCCCGUUAUCCUACAAGUACGUCGAGAAAGAACGGAGUUCACGUCGCGCAAGUUGCUUUGCGUAAAAGUUUUUCACAAUACGACUACGGUCCGAUACGCAAUAUUGCUGUGUAUAACACAAUCGUACCACCAUCGUAUGAUUUGGAGAAGGUUAAAAUGAGAGUAGGAUUGUUUGUGGGCAGAAAUGAUAGGUUAUCUUCUAUUCGUGACACGGAACUGUUAAGAGAUCAAUUGCCGAAUGUUGAAUACCAUUUGUUGGAGUACAAGAAGCUCAAUCAUUUAGAUCACGUUUGGGGACGGAAUAUGUACCAGUAUCUCUUUCCAUAUAUAUUCUCAGUAUUAAAAAAGUACAACUAG